AGCAUCAAGAACGUCAGAAUCUGGCUGGAGGGCAAGCGACGCAUCUCCUGGUUUUACAUGGGUGGCAUGGCUGCAGGUGAAGUGUCGGACAAGAAGACAUUCUGGCGAGAGGAACGCGCUCUAGGCACGUCUGGAACGCACAAGAUCAACUCUGGAACGAUAGAGUGGCCGUUCGAGUACACGCUCGACCCCAGCAUGCCCGAGAGCAUCGAGGGCAUGAACAGCACCUACAUCGUCUACUACCUGCACGCAAGCGUCUCCAGACCCGGCUGGAACGCAAAGGACAUUACUACCACACAGCACAUCCGCAUCGUGAGGACGCUGGGUGGCGAGCAGAUGGAAACCACUCGCUCAAGAACCAACGCCGAUAUCUGGGCCAACAAGCUCAGUUACAGCAUCUCUAUCCCUACAGAUGCCGUCGUCUUUGGAACUUCGAUCGUUGCAGACGUCGAACUCUCACCCAUUCGGAAGGGCAUCAAGCUAGGCAAGAUCGAGAUGCGGCUGAUAGAAGCCGUGACCAAGAGGAUACAAGCCGCCGAGGUGCCUGAUCAACGUGGUGACAGGUGCAAGGUCGACGAGUCAGAUGUUGCGAAAGCAGAAAUGGAGUUUCCCGAAGACUCUCGCGUCACCUUCACCGACGAGAGCGCCGACAACCCAAUCAUGGAAGACGAGAAAUACGUCUUCAAGGCAACCCUGGAGCUGCCCAAAUCUCUCAAGCAAUGCAGGCAGGACGUCGAUUCGCACAACAUCAACAUCACCCACCGCUUCAAACUCAUGGUCAACAUUCACAACCCAGAGGGCCACGUUUCUCAGCUCGUGUGCCGUCUUCCUGUAAAGCUAUUCAUUUCUCCUAAUCUACCAGUCGACGACGCCAACGAGGUCCAAGUGGCUGCCAGAACAAUGACCGAUGCCGAAUUGAACCAGCAGGAAGUCCAAUUGAAUGCCCCUCCGGAGUACGGUCGUCACCAGCUCGAUGCUCUUUACAACGAUAUCAACACCGGUGGAUAUAUGAGUCGCGCGCCCAGUGGAUCUGCCACUCCCUUCUACGCACAAAGUCGCAACGCCUCGUCCGAGAAUUUGCAAUCUUUGAACGGUGUUGCAGAUAUGCACCACUCACAAUCAAUGGCCGCACUCGGUGGUCUUGGUGGUGGUGACGAGAGUCACUUUGCGCCCGCUCAGCUUCGUUCACGUCUCGCGAACUUGCAAGACCAAGGUUCAAGCAGACAAAUCCGCGCUGCACCGGUUGCACACCACUCCCCAUCCGGCGGCAAUACCCCUGCAUACACUGGUAGCUACUUCGCUGCUCACUUCCCUCAAUCAAAUCACGCCUCCCCGCCGCAUCAAUCUCCUGCACACAGUGUACCAGAGUCACGCCGAGCUUCCGGAGAGGGUGAAGAUCUGAUGGACGACGAAGGGCCGCACUUGGACGACUUCGACAUGGGCACGCUAUCGAGAGUGCCCAGUUACGGAGCCGCUGUCCGCACCCCAGGACCUUUCACACCCUUUGCCGACGGACCACCGAGUUACAUGGAAGCGACCAGCAGGCCCCCAAGUCCUACUCUCCAACUCCCGCAACGACCAGGCGCUGUUCACGUCAGAAGCGGCGUUAGUACACCUGGCUCUCACUCGAGUACCCAAACUUUGACCGGUGCCGUCACUCCUGGCAGUUAUGCACCUACUGGCCUAACUCCCUUGACACAACUGCAUCCUCACGAGGAUAACAGACUGAGGCUUCUGAGAGCAAGAGUGGAUUAGGAAGUCCACCCAUCGGACUAAUGACGGACGAGAUAUACAUCAUUUUUAGCAUCGGGAAGGUGUUUUGAGUUGCUUUUCACAUUGUUCAAAUCACUAGGUGUCUGGGGGAAAAGAUUGCGCGCUCCGGAGCAAGUUUCGGAUUCGGAUUUCAUCUACAUUUUCAUUUUCCAUUUCUCAUUUUUCCGCGAAAGGCGUAUAGACUCGAUAGAUUACAAACUCGUCACU